AUUGCGCCAUUUUGAGUUGAGGCGUCGCUGUCGUCGACGAUUUCUCCUUCGAGAGCGUUGUGGCACCACACCUGUCAAGAUGUUCAAGUCAAAGCGAAAGUCAAAGAAGUUGGAGAUAUCGGCUCCAACAAACUUCUGCCACCGUGUGCACACUGACUUUGAUGAGCGGCAAAAUAAGUAUGUAGGCCUGCCGCUCCAGUGGGUCUCCCUGGUGGAGCGCAACGCCAAGGCGCUGGAGACGCGGCCUCGUGGUGUGGUGGACCCUCUGCAGGUCACACCCACAGACAUGAUGGACCUCAACAAGCCGGUGGUGCGCGGCUCGGCCAGUCCGGGCGCCGGCGCCGGUCAGCCCGUGCACAACGGCGUGGCCGUGCUGCCGCGCUCCAGCAGCGUGGCGCGCAGCAACUCGCUGCGCCAGCACUCGCCGCCGCUGCGGCUGCGCGCCGCCCAGCGCGGCCGGCCAGCGCAGGGCCCGCUGCCCGAGGAGGGUGGCGAGGAGCCGCGGCCGCCGCCGCCCGGCCACGGGCCCGCCGGAGACGGACAGGUCCGCCCGCUCGGGUACGGGGACGGCCGGUCUCCGGGCCCGGGCCGUCCGCCGCAGCAGCACCCGUCCCAGCUGGGCCCGCGCGGCCCCGGCCCCGGCCCCGGCCACCCGUCGCCGCUGCUGCGGCACCAGCGGCCCGGGCCGCAGGGACCGCUCGUCUACCCCGGACACCCGGGUCACCCGGGCGGACCGCCGGCGCACCCGGGCACCUACCCCGGCGGGCACCCGGGCGGACACCCCGGGUACCCACCGGGACACCCCGGACACCCAGGACACCCCGGCGGUCACCCGGGCCACCCCGGCCACCCGCCGCACUCGUCAGCGCAGAGCCUGGGUCCGCGGCCCUCGCCACAGCCCGGGCCGCCGCCGGCCGGCCACGAGGGCGCGCCACGCGGCCCCGGCUACGGGCCGGCCGACCCGACCGGCUACGGCGGGCCGCAGGCGGGCGGGCCGCUCUACGGCAACACGCGGCCGCCCGGCCCGCCGCCGGCCAACCUCAACGACAGCCGCGAGGGCUGGCCGCCGCCGCACCGGCCGGCGUCGGCGCUGUCCGGGGGCGGGGCGCCGCUGCCGCAGCCGCGACACCAGCCGCACCAGUCGCCGGCACCGCAGGACGGCUACCGACCGGGGCCGCCGGCCGGGCACCAGCCGCCGCCGCACCAGUCACCGCACCAGCCGCCGCAGCACCAGCAGCAGCACCAACAGCAGCACCAGCAGCAGCACCAACAGCAGCACCAGCAGCAGCACCAACAGCAGCCGCAGCAGCAGCCACAUCAGUACUACUUACCGAAGCCGCCGAUGCCGCUGCCCGAUCACCCGGCGGGCCACCACCCGGCGGCGGCGCCCCCGCACGUGCCGCCCAAGCCGCAGCCGGCGCCGCCCUCGGCCGCCACCGAGGACCACAACCAGAACAGCGUACUGAAGCCGGCGGGCGCGGCGGCCGGCGGCGGCGGCGCGACCGGCCCGGCCCGGGACGCCAAACAGCACGAACCCCAGCGGCUCUCACACGAACAGUUCCGCGCGGCGCUGCAGAUGGUGGUCAGUCCGGGCGACCCGCGCGGCGACCUCCACUCGUUCGUCAAGAUCGGCGAGGGUAGCACGGGCAUCGUAUGUAUCGCCACGGAGCGCUCCACGGGCCGGCAGGUGGCCGUGAAAAAGAUGGACCUGCAGCGCCAACAGCGGCGCGAGCUGCUCUUCAACGAGGUGGUGAUAAUGCGCGACUAUCCGCACCCCAACAUAGUGGAGAUGUACAACUCGUUCCUGGUGGAGAACGAGCUGUGGGUGAUGAUGGAGUUUCUGGAGGGCGGCGCGCUGACAGACAUCGUCACCCACUCGCGGAUGGACGAGGUGCAGAUCGCCACCGUCUGCAAACAGUGUCUGAAGGCGCUGGCCUACCUGCACUCGCAGGGCGUCAUCCACCGCGACAUCAAAUCGGACUCUAUCCUGCUCUCCGCCGACGGAAAGGUGAAGCUGUCGGAUUUCGGUUUCUGCGCCCAAGUAUCCCAGGAGCUGCCGCGCCGCAAGUCCCUGGUAGGCACGCCGUACUGGAUGGCGCCGGAGGUGAUCUCCCGGCUGCCGUACGGGCCAGAGGUGGACAUCUGGUCACUGGGCAUCAUGGUGAUCGAGAUGGUGGACGGCGAGCCGCCCUUCUUCAACGAGCCGCCGCUGCAGGCCAUGCGACGCAUCCGGGACAUGCCGCCGCCCAAACUGAAAAACACCAACAAGGUGUCGGCUCGGAUGCAGGGUUUCCUGGAGAAGAUGCUGGUCCGCGACCCGGGCCAGCGGGCCACCGCCUUCGAGCUGCUUCAGCACCCGUUCCUCACGCAGGCCAAGGGGCCCGAGGUGCUGCUGCCCCUGAUGGCCGCCGGCACGUGAGGGCAGAGCCGAGAGCAGCAGGGUAGAGCUGGGAGGGACGCGGUACCUCCGCCGGACGGUGCGGCGGCGCCGGGGCUCGGGUGUGUUCAAAGAUUCAACGAAAUGAACUGAGUAUCGGUGUCCGCGCGGCGCGCAUGGAGUGAGCGGUCGGUCAGGCCGCGAGUUAUGAGUGAAGGCGAGUUGGAACGAGUGGUAAUUACUGAGUGAGUGAGAGUGCGCGCGAGUGAUGUGUGCCAGAAUCAUAGAGAUCAUUCCCACGAGCCCCUCCUGCCUCUGCUGUCGGCGGUCGCUACCGAUGGCGAGUUUCGCCGCCCGACGGAUGGGGGUGUAUUUGUAUCAGGUAUUCGUAGCAGCUACUCAGACUCGCAGUCUCGAACCAUGGUAGCUGAAGGCGGCUAGCAAGUCGUUAUUUGAUGCAUUUAUGUACUCUACUUAAACUGUGCGGCCGACUGACUUAACGUGAGGAAGAGAUGAUAAAUAGUGAGACCCUCCGUCAGCUCUUCCCUUGCGCUUUACCGCAGCUCUUGAGAUUCCGACUGCCCUUGUAUAGUCGUCUGAUUAGUGUGCCGUCCUGAAUAUGGUUGUCAUGUCCGAAUUGGUUACACAGUGCCGCAUUGGUCCAAUGCCGCCCGUCGGGAGCUGUCGUUGGCCGUCCCCGCUUACUGAAUGCCGUCCUGUACCGACCCCAGGGUGUGUCGUACCGUGCCGUUACCGGGGCGUCGUUACCGGUGUCGUGAUACCGAUACCGCAGCGUGCCGUACCGCGCCGCUACUGGUACAGUAACGCAGUGCGGUACCGUGGCCGGGCUGCGCGCCGUGCCUUGCUGAGAGAACCGAUCGCCGUCCGAUGUGGCUUGUUACGACCCGACAGACAGACAGACAGACAGACGGACAGACAGACAUAUCGGGGCCGGGCCGGCCUGCCGCUCCCCGCGGGCAAAUGUAAUGGAGUGGCCUGCAGACAGGAGCGGCGGCGGACUGGCCGCCCGUGCCGCGCUGGUGACCCGGCCCGGGCUGUGUCCGCCCUGAGGGUGCCCUGAACUGACGGGCCGCGGUGUGGCUGAGUUCGUCAGCGCGCCCGCUCUGACGGACCGCGGCCGCAGCCGGCCGCCUCCCGGCGCUCCCUCCGCGCCCACUGUUUCAUUGUUGGACGUAACGAAUUUUUAUUGAUGUGCUCGCCGACGCCGGGGCCGCUCGUAUUGUUAGUUUGUAGACAGCAGUCUUCAGUCGACUGGCUCUUCCAUCGGCACCACGUCGGCCGUACUUAGCCGUGUGAACGGACGUUUUUGUGAUCGGAAAUGCUUCGGUCGUCGUCGACAUUGUGUAUAUUCGGUGUCAUUAUUUCGAUUUGUACUUUUUCCUUCGAUUUGUGACAUUCCCCGACCAGCUGUGUACAUUUUGUCGGACGUAGGACUGCUUUGUUAUUCAUGUUUUUGUGCGCGAGCGGCCCUAUUGUAUCAACGGAUAGACCAACAGAAACUAUGGCCAACCUUUUCUAAUAUAUAUUCCGAUGCAAA